AUGGAUAACUUUGUGACGCACAACUUGAAACUAUCUAACCAUUCAGAAGUCAUCAUCCUCCUUUGGACUUGGCCAUUUGGACAAACAUUUCCCCUUAAUCAAUGUUCACCAACUUUUAAUAUCUCGGGAUGUUUUUACACGGAGGACAGACUGUUAUACUCUUAUGCUGAUGCAGUCGUUCUACACCACAGAGACGUUUGCUACUCCAGAAAAAAACUGCCACAGAUGUCAAGACCACCAAAUCAGUACUGGGUGUGGUUUAAUUUAGAGUCUCCAUCAUACACCCCAAACAUAGACUUUAUGAACAAUCUCAUCAACCUGACUAUGAGUUACAGGUCGGACUCUGACAUUUUCACCCCUUAUGGUUGGCUGGAGCAGAAUGCUAAAGAAGUGAACUUUACCAUCCCAACAAAAAAAAAGCUGGUUGCUUGGACAAUCAGUAACUGGAAUCCCCAAUCCAGGAGAGUGCUAUAUUAUGAGCAGCUGAAACAGUAUGUAUCCAUCGAUGUUUUUGGAAGUCAUCAUCAAAGUCUCCCCAGUAGUGAAGAGCAACAAGUACUUUCUCAGUAUAAAUUUUAUCUUUCCUUUGAAAACUCUGUACACGAAGACUAUAUCACUGAAAAAUUAUGGAAGAAUUCUCUCAUGUCUGGUUGCGUACCUAUUGUAUUAGGUCCUAAGCGAGAAAAUUAUGAACGUUUUAUUCCAAAAGACUCUUUUAUACAUGUGGAGGACUUUUCCACAGCUCAGGAACUGGCUGCAUAUAUCCUACAGUUGGACAAAGAUGAUAAAGCAUACCGAAAAUAUUUCAGUUGGAGGACCACACUCCAUUUUAUUCAAGACGUUAGUUGGGAAGACCAUUAUUGUAAAGUAUGCAAGGCAGUUAAAGAAGCACCUAAGUAUAAGACUAUUGUUAACCUUGCAGACUGGUAUAAAUGA